UAGUUGGGGAACUACAGACUGUAGUUGUGGCUACGACACCCUCGGCAAGCACCUGCCGUCAUGUGCCAUCUUCUUCCUCAAAGAUGCGGUAAGAUUCGAUUGUACAGUGGGACUCCAUCAGCGCCUCAAGCCCUUCAGUGGUGAUAAGAUCACGAGUCACUUUCAAGCUUUUGCUUGAAUUAGUAGUCGAUUUCUCAGAAGGUGACAAGCACCUGCUGCCGACAGGGGUUCGUUCUUUUGGAGGACAGACGUUCCCUCCUCCUUCCCUGCUCAUAUGACACAAAAAAGCAGCCUCCCAUUUUAGGAGUCGCACUAUCAAAAGGUAGAAACUUCUCAAAACAUGCUAUCGGUCCUAGCCGGCAGCCUCUUGAAGUAGUUGAUCGGUGCCGAGGGAAGUUUAUGCCGGAACCUUGGGUGCCUCAGCACAUAAAACCCUGUGAUGGGGGCGACAACCUGGAAUGGGGUAACAUAGAGCACAAUGGAAGCUGCAAGGCAAAAAGAUCAGAAAGAGAGCAGUUGCCCUUGCAUCUCGCCAGCUUAACAGGGACUGAAACCUCUCAGCCUCUGUAGCAAGGUCUCCGGCCACAGUUUGCACCCUUCCGGCAACACUCCUUAGUCGAAUUCCUCAUCGAGCUCAUCAGGAUGGGCAUGGUCUGCAUGUGAUAGUCUGCCUCCAUCUGUAGUACCAUACUCCAAUCCAGAAUAAGCAGAGGAACAUUGUUGUAAGUAUCAACUCUGGGUAUAAAACCAGUCUUCAAUAUAGAACAUGGAUAAGUAUUGUCGUUAAAGGGUUCACUAUGGCAUGCGUUUGCGUUCUGAUCCAUAGCCAUAAUUCUUGAACUUAAGCUAAGCCUUCUUCCACCGUAUCUUUUACGGGUCUUUCCAACCCGAGGUCGUCUGAAAUCCUCGUUUCUCUCUCGACAAGAACCAUAUCAAUCUUACUUGAAGAUUCAAACACAAAGAUGUACGUACCUUUUGAUCAUCGUGCAAUCCAUCAAUCAAAGCGAAACAAUAAUUUUCCAAAUAAAAAAAUGUAUGCAAUGUAAUAUAAUAAUUACUUGCCUUUUCCAUAUUUUAAAGAAAUGAAAGGCAUAGAAAUGUGCGAGUAAAAGGCCGGAAAAGCUCCACAAAUGAGCCCUUCGAAGAUUAAAAGAAGGCAAUCGAGAGCCAGCGAGGGAAAGAAGAGAGAGAUAAUGGGGCGGAAGAACUUUCCUGUUCUGGAGGUUCAUCCCCUCUUCCUCCCCCUGUCUUCCGUUCAUUCACCUUCCGGAUAUUCUUCCCAUAUACCCACUUCGUUCCUCGUCCGUUCCCCGAUUCUCAUUCCCCCAUCCGAGGCGCAUCCGCUUUCCAGUUUCUGUCGGGUUCCACACGGCGACCAUGGUCAUUUCCUCUCUGUUCACGACGCCUGCAGCUCCGCCUCUUCUCGCAUGCAAAUCGGGGUUCAAUCAGGCGCCUCUGCCUGUUCACAUGAGGUUUGACAUAUCUAAGUCAUCACAGCUGUCUAAUGGAAGAUUGUCGCUACCUGGGUUCUCAUGCACACAUCAGGAGAGCAUAGUUGCCCUGAAUCCUGAUAGUACAGUGAAGCCUGAAGGUAGAGUGAAAAUAUUCUCUGGGUCAGCAAACCUUCUGCUUGCACAGGAAAUUGCCUCCUACAUGGGCAUGGAACUUGGUAAGAUUAACAUCAAACGCUUUGCUGAUGGGGAGGUCUAUGUGCAACUGCAAGAGAGUGUAAGGGGCUGCCAUGCGUUUCUUGUGCAACCAACAUGCCCCCCAACAAAUGAGAAUCUUAUGGAGCUCUUGAUCAUGAUAGAUGCAUGUCGGAGAGCUUCCGCACGAUCCAUUACAGCUAUCAUUCCAUAUUUUGGAUAUGGUAGAGCAGAUAGAAAGACUAAAGAACGUGAGUCCAUUGCAGCUAAACUUGUUGCAAACCUGAUCACAGAAGCAGGAGCCAACCGUGUCGUUUCUAUUGAUUUCCAUUCUGGACAGGCAAUAGGAUAUUUUGAUAUUUCUGUUGACCAAGUGUAUGGCCAGCCCGUGAUUUUGGAUUACUUGGUUAGCAAAAACAUUCCUUCAAAGGACUUGGUUGUUGUCUCACCUGAUGUGGGUGGGGUUGCUCGUGCACGUGGUUUUGCCAAGAAGUUGUCAGAUGCACCUUUAGCUAUUGUCGACAAAAGGCGUCAAGGCCAUAAUAUUUCUGAGGUUAUGAACUUGAUUGGUGAUGUGAAAGGAAAGGUUGCUGUUUUGGUGGAUGACAUGAUUGAUACUGCCGGGACUAUCACUAAUGCGGCAGCUUUAUUACAGCAGGAAGGUGCUAAUGCAGUGUAUGCAUGUUGCACUCAUGCUGUUUUUAGCCCUCCUGCAAUAGAGAGGCUGUCCAGUGGUGUUUUUCAGGAAGUGAUAAUAACAAACACUAUCCCAGUUGCAGAACAUAAUUAUUUCUCUCAACUAACUGUCCUUUCUGUUGCAAACCUUCUAGCUGAGACCAUCUGGCACAUACAUUCUGAUGGCUCUGUUAGUGGUAUGUUCAAGUAAGGUUAUGGCAGGAGGAAUUUUGAUGAAGUUCAUCAUGGGCUUGGCAAAUUGAGCAGGCAAAACCAAAAAAUUACUGCUAGUAUAAGUUUUUGUCUUUUAUGUUUGCUAAAAGAAGUCAUUCAAGGAACCGAAGUUAUAUUGCCGGCCUUCGUGUUCAUCGACUAAUGAUUCGGAACAUUGAAGAAGAAUAGCACAUGACUUUUCUGUUGUUUCCAACCUCCCACACCGCAUUGGCAGGAAGUAUACUGUCACUCUUUAUUUACUGUUUCCGCUCUGGAAGACAGACAUUUUUUGUUCUCAGGGACUAAAAUAUGAUGAAAAAGAUAAAGGCAUGCCUUUUCUUCAGCUUAUGCAGAUGAGUUUUUUUGAAGCGUCGCACAACUUGGCAGGCAGAUCGAGUUGCAAUCUUCUUAUAUUAAAUAACAUGUUUCUGCCACACGAAUUUAUUGGGACAUCAUCAAACAUCCAACGGCAUCAUAAGUGGAACACUGAUGUGGCCCAACUCUGAGGAAUCAUCUUCGGGAACAGGUACGCAUGUCUCUGACACACUUGCUGCCAGUAGAGUAGAAUGGUGGUAAGUAGCAAGCAUCCGAAGAGACCAAGUAGCAUCAGAGGGACGAGGAAAGGGGAACCCCUGGUAGACUGAGACCUGCGUCGGCAAUAAAGAUGUCUGCGGAUGCGGUAACGAACGAGUGAUGUCGGUGCUGGAUCGGUUGUGUCGUACGUUCCCAGUGAAACUGUUCUUUCAGCCACUCUACUCUGCUCAUCCAUUGCUUCUCCAUCAGACCGGCUGUUAUCUCCGAUUUGAACAAUCCAGGUGCUAUAGAGUUCACUCGACAGCUCGCUCCAGCGCCAUCACCUGUUCCAACGACACAACGCAUAAUAUUGUCGGAUAUCUGUCAUUAAGACACGAGCAGCAACGCGAGAAGAAUAAGCCCUCCUUUCCAAUGGCCAAAACAACAUCGUCGUGCAUCAAUUUGAAAUGAUAGCUGCCAUCAACGUACGUAGGCAGUGAAAUUUGUGUCGCUACUUAUACGGAAUUUAUAAAGGAAAGUAUUAGAUGAGUCAACCCAACGAGCUACGAAGGUGGGGUAGUUUAUUGACGAUCAUGUUGAGUUUGGGAUACGAUAACAUCUUAUUUACUAGCCCACUUAGUUAUGUAUUGACAUGUUAACUAUGACAUUGAAAUAUCAAUUACGUGAUG